AUGUCAAACAAAACAAGUGUAUUAGAAAUAAAAAAUAUUUGUGAAAAUGUUGUUACUGGUAUUGUACCCGAUAACAUAAUAGCUGAAGCUUCGAAUGGAGCACAAAUAUUUGUAGCUGAUAUGCUUGCGUGGACACAGCCAUUGCAGACGGGAUUACCAGCUUUUAUAGUUCUCUUUAUUGGAGCUUGGAGUGAUAAAACCGGAAACAGAAAGGCUUUGAUGAUCAUACCUAUUUUAGGAGAAACGAUAUCCGCAUUUGGUUUAUUUCUUGCUACGUAUUUCCUCUUGGAAUGGCCGCUGUGGGUCACAGCUGUAGGAAAUUUGAAAAAUCUAUACGCCCUCAAAAAGUAUGGAAUGACUAACGCCGCGUUCAGUAUAUUCACAACAUAUUCCCAAGUAUUAGGAAUGGCAGCCUUUUAUUGCUGGCAAAUGUCGUCGAAUUUAGAGUUUAUAGGCAGUCCUCAGAAUUGCUCCGAACAAAUGUUGCGUACAUACGAAGGAACUCCACCGGAGCUAGUUCGAACGCACCAGGAGGUUUUCAGCAAAUACUUGAAAAUGCAUGACACACUUCUUGGUGUAAUUAUAUCAAUAAGUAAAAUAUUAGGAAACAUUUUCUUUGCCUUGGCCCCAAACGUUGGGUGGUUUUAUGUCGCACCUAUUAUUGAAAUGUUUGGGAACGCCGGAGGUGUAGUCGCCAAAUCAUUUGGAACGAAAAUCGUUGAAGUUCACGAAAUUGGAAAAAUCUGUUCCCUUCUUGCAUUUAUGGAAUCAAUAAGUCCAGUAAUAUACUCACCUCUAUUCACUAAGGUAUAUUCGAUAACCCUUAAUACAAUGCCAGAGGCUUCCCUCUACCUUGGCGGUAUCAUGACUGUACCUGGUCUAUUCGCUUAUUUAGCUCUCUAUUUCAUGCAUAAAAGAGAUGAAAGAGACGUCGUAAAGAAUCCCGAAGCAAAUGAAGAGCACGCGCAUGAAAAUUCAGUUACAGUUUUAUGA